UCCGGCUUUUGGCAGUGGCUGACCCGGAAGCGAGUGAUCAGCUGGGACGUGGGACACGUGACAUUUUGGUGACACCCGCUGGUAGUGAUCAGCAUGAUCAUGAGUUCUGCCUCGCCAGGACACAAAGCCAUACUGUUACCCCAGGAUCAGAAUCCGACACUUUUGCAUACUGACAAUGCGUCUUUCCAACUCCAAGGGUUCCUCUACCAAGCCGAGAUGUGCAGGAAGAGCUGUGGAUUCUAUGGUAAUCCAGCAUGGCAUGGCUAUUGUUCCAGGUGUUGGAUCCAGCAGCGGCAGCGGGCCCAGCCCCUGACAGACGGUUUUAGACAUCACACAGGAAAGCUACAGGUUAAGCCUGAUAUGAAUGAGACUACACAGCUAUUCAAUAGGAAAGACGCGUUUCAGGCGUUUCAGGAUGAGAGAAACAACCAUGUCAGAAGUCUGCAAUGUACCUCAAGCCAAACUGCCACAGGUUCCAUAUUGCACUUUUCCCAGUCUUGCCUUCUCUCACUGGCUCGAGGAGAUUUUACGGAAUUUCUCAAAGCUCUCCGCAGUCCCGAGGCACAGCCGUUAUUAUCUUGCUGCAAUAAUUUCGUUCAGAGGAUACAAGAGGCUGAGGGGAGUUCUGAGGUCAUAACUGUGGACAAGAAAGCAGAAGAAGUACAGAGCUUCUACCAGCAGAUUGGGCUUUGCUACCCUGAUCACAUGUCUGAUGAGAGAGACCAGUUGAUGGAUAAUAUUGAGAAGCUGGUGAUGACACGACUUUAUAAGUCUGUAUUUUGUCUGCCUAGCUCACAAGAGGAGCAGAAAGAUCUCGCUCUUCAAAAGCGCAUCAAGUCAUUGAGUUGGGUCACGCCAAGGAUGCUUCAACUCCCAAUAGUAGAAGAGAGUGAAGACGAGAAGAAUGGGAUCUCUUGUGCUGUAACUGCACUGAUAGAAAUGGAUUCCAAGAGAGCUCCCCAAGACAAGCUAACCUGCGUGUCUAGAGCUUGUAACUACCUCUACAAAUCCAUACACAUCUCUAAGAAAGAGCCAGCCACAGCCGACGAUUUACUGUCUUGUCUUAUAUAUAGUACACUGAAGGCAAACCCGCCCCGCCUGUGGUCAAACCUGCAGUACAUCACCAGAUUCUGCAAUCCCAGAAGACUUAUGACAGGGGAGUCUGGAUAUUAUUUUACCAGCUUUUGCUGUGCAGCUACUUUCAUCGAGACUCUGGAGGCCUCAUCUCUUGGCCUCACACAAGAAGAGUUUAAUCAUUUAAUGCAGGACUCAGAAGUUACAACGUUUAUUUCAAGUACAUUGCAACAAAUAGAGAGGAACAAGGAACUCCUGGCAGAGCUGCAGCAUCGACAGGAUAUUCUGUUCCAAAAGGCCAAGAGCCUGGGAAAAGAGGUGGAGGCCUGGCCUUUGUCUGUACAGCGAGAAAUUCAGGAAAUCAUCGGUAGAUUCCCCCUGGACACUAAAGCUUCAACACCUAGUUCUAUAUGAUGUAUCUCCAGUGACCUUUUCCUGCAAGAUGGAGAUGCGGACAGGUUCUACCUU